AUGCAGAAGCAUGAGUUCUUGGAACUGUUUAAGGAAGCAACUCGAGCCGCUAAAUCUGCGAAAGGAGUCGAGAAUUCUCCGGCGGUCUCGAGGUGUGUCGACGCCAUGGAUCGUUUGUUUAAAGCUCCCGAGUCUCUUGGUUGUGACCUCAUCAUCAAAACCUCCUUCAUUGGACUGAGUCACAAAGUUUUCGUGGAGCACAUAAACCCUAAAAUCCGAUCGGAGGCAAAUCUUCUUUACUCUCUCUGGCUGUUGUAUCUCUACGCCACCGGCAGAAAAGAGAGCCGCCGCGAAUGCGAUCGGAAUCGACCACCGGUGGUGAAGAAGUUUGUGGAGAUGGAGAUUUCGUCGGGAGAUUCAAAGAGAAACAAAGUGCAUGAGAUUCUGCAAAAAUCCUUGUCUAGAGUCGCUUCCGAGGUCGUCGAGACGGAAAUGAAGAAACUAGUCGCUUCUUGCGAUCCUUGCGCCGUGACUGUUUCCUUUGAAUCUGCCAUGUUUGAAAACUUGGGAUGUGGAGGUCCGGUUUCGUUGGCAGCCGAAGAUGAACCGACAUAUGGCACAAUCGCUAGGGCAUCGAGGUUUGCAUGCUCCAUCGGACCGUCUCCUAGCAAGGGAAGUGGCAAGUGA